AUGGGUGAAACUCGAUGGGAAAGUCGAAUUGAAUGUUUAAAACCAAUACGGUACCAAAUAGUGGAAAUUUACAAUGCUUUAGUAACUUUGAGUGAAACAGACUCUUCUGAUAUUUACAUUAAACACGAGGCUUAUACAUUAUCUGAACAGACAAGCACUUUUUAUUUUUUUGGUAAUGCUUGUUACCGUGUAAAUACUGUUAGCAAAUCUAUGCAAUCUGCAGCCAUGGAUAUAGCCUCAAUAGUUUCACUUAUGAAAUCAUAUAUAGAAUUUGUGACAGAAUAUAGGAUAAUUGGUUUUAAAAGUUCUCUACUGGAUGCAAAAGAGCUGGCUGAAUCUUUGGAAGUUGAACCAAUUUUUAUUGAAAAAAGGUUACGCCAUAAUGCCAUUGCAUCUCUUCAAGAAAGAUUUCAACAACUGAAUGAAUUUCACCAAACUCCGGGAAUAUUAUAUUAUCUGAAGAAAUUACCUGCGGACGAUGACUUACUUAAGUUUUGCAAAGAUCUGCAUUUGAAAUUAAAAAUGGAAAAUAAUUGCGAUAUUAAUAGUGCAGAAUAA